CGGGGAUCCGUUCAGUACGAAAGAACGGUGUUCAACGUACUGUACUGAACGGCAUGAUUACGGUGACCCAGAGGGCGAUUGUAUGGUGCUACGAGUUUUGCGAUUUCAAAUGGUCACACCCACCAAACGAACGGAACGGCACUCGCUAUGGGAAAUCCCCAGAGUUUUGGUUUCACUUUAGUUUGGCUUUAUAAACUACCACUCUUCUGUUCUCGAUCAUCGUCUUCAUUGCUGUAGUUCCACAAAUAUGUUUUUUCAACUCGUCUGCAUUCUAGCUGCCUCCGUGCAAUGUGGGCUCACACAGAAUAUGCCUACCCAGGAAGUGAAGUCAAUUUGUGGAGAGGACUCAAUUCUGAAAUGUAAAGCAAUAUGUAAGCCUGGGGUCCAGUACCGGGCAGUGAGGUGGUACAAGCUAGGUGAGGAGCCCUCUGAUAAGGAGUCUGGUCUAUUGAUGAAGAGGCUAUCACCUAAAAGCACCACCCUAUGGUACGCCGGUCUGGAGCGGGAAGUGGAACUUUUGGCUGAUGAUUCUUUCGAUAUCUUGCUGCCCAAUGUAACGGCUGUUGAUAACGGGAGGUACAAGUGUCUCCUGGCAGCACCUGUAGGAGAGCAGAACCAGGAAGGGCAGGUUCACCUCAGAGUGACAGGUUGCCUUGAGUCCACAGACCAAUCAGAAGAAAGGGAUACCAUCCUAGUUCUUUCCAUUGUGGGGCUUGUGGCAGCAUUGCUGAUAUUCACCAUCAGCUAUGUCAUCCUAAGGAAUAUGUUAUUGCAAAGGAGUAAGAAGUAUCCACAAGAACCACUUCUAGAUGCACCCCUUGAGAAGAAAGAUUUAAUGUUGAUUUACACUCUGGGGCCAAACUGGUCGAGACAGGGUUCCAUAAAACAUGUCUGUGUGUGAGAGCCUGUUCUGCUAGUUUGGGCUCAUUGUAUACUUUAAUGAGGAAAUUCAGAGAAAGCAUAGGGCACGUUUCGAAGCUGUGCAAGGAGCCUAAGAGUUAUGUCUUCUUUCCAGGAGAAUAAUUCAUCUUUAGAGCAGAUGGAGGCAGACAACCCUCUGGCCGGUCCUGUAGAACUAAGAUGUUUAGGCUUUUCAAAGAAAUGAAACAGAAACAGUAGCCUACACCCUUUCACUCAGGCAGUCAAACAGCAGUACAGCCAGGCUAGGGCAUCAGUUCUCCAGCAACGAGUGCCUGUCUGCAGCAUCCACGCACCUGUGAUGCGCAAGGAGCAGGGCCUGGUGAAGGGACCCCGCGAUCUAAGCCCCAACAAGGAACUUCAGGAAAGGGAGAAGGAAUAAUUAAUGUUAAGGGGUCAUUCUGCAGGGUCGCUCCAUGGCAAUGUUGGGGUUAAUUCCAUUUGCAUUUCAGUCAACCCAGUCAAUUGAAGUUGACAUUGAUGUUGAACUGGAAAAUGACCAAUGUGUACUGCAUGGCAUUUCAUGCCUAAUUAAAGUCCUGUAUUGACUGGUAUUGAAAUGGAAUUGAUCUGAGCACUGUUUCAUGGGGCUCACCCGUGUUGGAAGGGUUUGGUGGGACACGCUGGAUUCUGCAAAGAGAGAUGAAACCAACCAAGACUGCAUUCCAUCUGAGCCAAGCAAAUCUCUCAAUGAACUCUAUAAUGUUCAGGCAUUAUUGAUAAGUUUUUGUUAUUUUGUGGGGCCAAAACAGUAUUUUAUUAAUCUUGUAUGCACAACCAAAAAAUAUUAUUUUCCUCCAAGCAAUAUGAAAAUGGGCUUUGGUGAAUAUUUGGUUUGUGAACAUGAUCAGCAAUUCUGUGUAUACAUUGAAAAGUCGUAAAUAAUUUUGUAACCUACUGUAUCUGAUGUGCAUGUGCUAUGGUUCUUAGAUACAUGUUCUUUAACUUUUUCUUAAGAAGAGUCCUCACUUUUUUAGUCACCACAGAAGUGAUAUUUCUCUUAGAAACGUUGAUUGUUACUCAGAAUAGUUCAUGUUAUUAAGAUAAAUUACUUACCCUAGCAUUUUACAGAGGCUUACAAACUAGAUACAUAACUAUUUUUCUGUAUGGAGUAAAAAGCACAAUACUUUCUUUAAAGUAUUUUACUCAAGGCCGACAACACAGGCAAAAAUUGUGAUUUUGCUUUCAUCUGUCAAUUUUCAGAUUUUGGGAUAUUUUGCAACUAUAACUUCCAUACUUUCAUAACAUGUACAAAUAAAUAGGCAAUAAUAUAUAUAAAUACUUUAUUUGUAUCAUUUUAUCCCAACUCCGUCAACUACACCUACCAUAAAUGUCGUUCUUGAUAGCAUGUUUUCAUGACGAACUUCAAUCGCUAUUUUUAAAACUCUCCAUGUUGAAUCAUAUAUCGUUCAAAGCUUAUCGUUAGCUAGUCUAUACAUGGCUAUAUCAUUUGUAGACGUAGUGCUUCGUGCUGAAAGAUGAGUAAUUUCCUGACAUCCGAUUGGUUACUGGCAUUUAAAGGCCCUUUCCGGCAACCUGAUUGGUUGAAAUGCCUCACGUGCCCCGCUGCACUUCCUUGUUUGAAAAUAUCUCCCGCGAAGAAUCCACGUAAAGAGAGACAAAAUGAGAAAAUCUCGAAGAAUAUACCUACAGUAUGUGUAUACAAAUAGGCGAUAUCAGUUAGCCAAUGCGAGAACAGUAGUGAAUGAAAGACAAAAAUAGCCUGAUCAGCCGAUCAGGAAAAGGAUGUAACAGGUGUUGUGCCGAAAAGCUCCCCCCUGCCAGACCCCCCCCCUUCGCGUGAACGCGCUCGCACUCAAUUCUUCAUUGCUGUGACUUGCUUGCUAGUUGAGAUUUCCGAUCACGUUAGGCGGCGUUUCAUUAGAUUUUUUAUUUCGGUUUGAUCGUGGGGGGAGGCACUAGUAAUGUCUGCAGUUUUCAGUUUGGCUAUUUGUUUCAAGUGUAUUAGUCUAUAAAUAAAUCUCUUUGCCAAAAUUCGUCAUCUCGCCCAUGUCUUAUUCGACUAGUAGUUGUACCGAGAUCAACCAGACAGCAGCCAGCCAAUAAAAAAGCCAGUGGCUUUUAUUUUUAUGUCACCAAUAAACUAACUUGUACAUGCGCUAAGUGUCUAAACACUGGACUGAAAAUAACCAUAGACCCCACCAACCAGUGAUUCUGUAAUUAUGUAAUGAUAGAAUGUGCAGACUGUGAAGUUGAUUAUGAUGCAUUUAGGAGUGUUUACACUUCCUCCAGGCUCCAGGAGUGCUCCAGGGGAGAUGUGGCAUUUGAUAUAAAUGUGAGGAUGGUUCUUCUAGCCCAUGAACUUGGAAUUAGUUAUGCAGCUCUAAAGAAAAUAAGUAAAGACCUAGGGAUUCCUUUCUUGCUUCUCAGCUCAUAUCAGACAUAACAGAAUGACAGGUAAAUAAAAAGGGAGUUGCUCAAUAUUG